CGGAGACGAUGGAGUGUCGAUUCUUGGCUUGCUACGAGGAGUGGCUCCAAAUCCAGGGAGCCGAUCUGAACGAGCUCCUCCAAGCCAUAUCGAGCCAGAAUGGGAGCAGGGCCCGCAGCGAGAUGGAGCUCCGGGAGCUAGUUGAGAAGAGCGUGCGGCACUACGUAGAGUAUUACGAGCGGCGGCGGAGGCUGGUGCUGGAGGAUGGGCCCGCCUUCUUCGCCCCGCCCUGGUGUAACUCCUUCGAGAAAGCCGUCCUCUGGGUCGGCGGCUGCCGCCCCUCCAUGUUCAUCCGCCUCAUCUACUCCCUCAGCUCCGCCGGCCUCGAGGCCCACCUCGACAACCUCGCCGGCCGCGCCUUCGCCUCCCACGGCGAAGGGCUGGUGGGGCUGUCGGCGCCACAGCUGGUCCUCGUCAACGAGCUCCACCGGUCGACGCUGCUGGAGGAGAACAGGAUCACGUCCCAGGUGGCCACGCUGCAGGAGAACUUGGCCGACCGGCCGCUGCUCCCGAUCGUCAAGGAGCGGCAGAGGUGGCGAAGGAGCGACACCUCCCGCGGUGAGAUUGGCGACGGCGGGGACGCGGAGGUGGUGGCAGCGAUGGGGUCAUAUGCGGCGGCGAUGGCGGGUCUGGUGGAUGCGGCAGAUCGGCUUAGGCUGGAGACGGCGAGGACGCUGCUGUCGGACAUCCUGACGCCGAAGCAGGCGGUGGAGCUGCUGGCGACGGGGAAGCAGCUCCACCUUUCGGUCCACGAGUGGGGCCACCAACGGGACCUGACCCACGGCCGCGGUGGAUGAGGUAUUGACUCAAUGUAUAUGACCUAAGAAAACGAAUAUAUAUAUAUAUAUAUAUAUAUAUAUAUAUAUAUAUAUAGAGAGAGAGAGAGAGAGAGAGAGAGAGAGAGAGCCAUCAUGUGAAUGCGCUGAGGAGACGAUAACAUGUAACGUGGACGUUGAAUUUGUCCAUAGACACGCGUUAGGGUGUAAUAAUACGUAAAAUCUAUAUGACUUAUAUGUUGUUUGGUUA